GCGUUGCCGUGAUGAAGUUCAAGAGUCCCCCAGUCAACAGCCUCAGCCUGGAGUUCCUCACAGAGUUUUCCAUAGGCCUGGAAAAGCUGGAGAACAACCGAGCCUGCCGGGGUGUGAUCAUCACCUCUGCUGUUCCCAAAAUAUUCUCAUCUGGCCUGGACAUCACCGAGAUGUGUGGGAAGAGCGUGGAGCACUACGGCGAGUUCUGGAGAGCUGUGCAGGAGAUGUGGCUCCGGCUCUACGGCUCCAACAUGGUGACAGUGGCUGCAGUCAAUGGGUCCAGCCCGGCUGGGGGCUGCCUCAUUGCCCUGUCGUGUGACUACAGGAUCAUGGCAGAAAACCCCAAAUUCAGCAUCGGCCUGAACGAAGCCCAGCUGGGCAUUGUGGCUCCCUUCUGGUUUAAGGACACAUUUGUGAAUGUUGUGGGACACCGAAUUGCCGAACGCUCCCUCCAGCUGGGCUCCCUCCACCCUGCACCUGAGGCGCAGAGGUUGGGCCUCGUGGACGAGCUGGUGCCAGAGGAGAAGCUCAUGGAGAAGGCUGCAGCUGUCAUGGCACAGUGGCUGGCCCUUCCUGACCAUGCCCGCCAGCUCACCAAGACCAUGAUGAGGAAGGCGGUGUUGGACCGCCUGGUAGCUCACCGGGAGGAGGACAUCAAGAACUUCAUCACCUUCGUCUCAAAAGAGUCCAUCCAGAAGUCCCUUCGCAUGUACAUGGAGAUGCUGAAGAAGAGGAAGAGCUGAGGAUCCAGCUGGUCCCUGGGAGGUCGAGUCACCCUCUGAAACACUGCAGUAGCUGUUGGUGUCACAGCGAAGCCACCUGCAGUGCCAGCAAUCGGUGACGUGCCACCUGCUCCCACGGCCGCCCCAGCUGCCCCUUCCCUUUGUGCCUCUAGAGUGCCUGACACCACUGCUGCCUUCCCCAAGGGCAGGGAGAGCCCACUCAGCCCCCUGAGGAAUGGACAGGGACAGGGUCUCAAUAUGCUGUGGCCCGAGCCUGACGGUCCUUGGAUGUCUUCCCUCCUGUGCAACAGUUAAUCAUGAAAUUAGGUUUGUCAAUAAAUCUUCAAUGAGGUAGGA